AUGGAUAAUCAAAUACCAACUACAACUGAUUUCGAUUAUUAUGGUUUUAAUCCAGAAGAACCCUGCCUAAAAGCCUCCGUGAAACAGAUCGCAGCUGCGCUCCUGCCUCCACUCUACUCCCUGGUAUUCAUCUUUGGUUUUGUGGGUAACAUCCUGGUCGUCCUCACCCUGAUAAACUGCAAAAAGCUGAAGAGCAUGACUGACAUCUACCUGCUCAACCUGGCCAUCUCCGACCUGCUGUUCCUCCUCACCAUCCCGUUCUGGGCCCACUAUGCGACAAAUGAGUGGGUCUUUGGGGACGUGAUGUGUAAGCUCUUCACAGGCCUGUAUCACAUCGGCUAUUUCGGUGGGAUCUUCUUCAUCAUCCUCCUGACGAUCGACCGGUACCUGGCUAUUGUCCAUGCUGUGUUUGCUUUAAAGGCCAGGACGGUCAGUUUUGGGGUGGGAACAAGUGUGGUGACCUGGAUGUUGGCUGUGCUCGCCUCUCUCCCGGGAAUCCUCUUCACUAGGACCCAAAAGGAGAUUUCUCAUUACACAUGCAGCCUUCACUUCCCACCCAAUAAGUUUCACUUCUGGAAGAUGUUCACUGCGUUGGAGACACUCAUCUUGGGCCUGGUCCUGCCACUGCUUGUCAUGAUCAUCUGCUACUCGGGAAUCCUGAAAACUGUGCUGCGGUGUCGGAACAAGAAAAAGCACAAGGCCGUGAGGCUCAUCGUCGCCAUCAUGAUAGUGUACUUUCUCUUCUGGGCUCCCUACAACAUUGUCCUUCUCCUGAACACCUUCCAGGAGUCCUCUGGCCUCAACAACUGCAGUGACUCUAAUAGGCUGGAUCAGGCCAUGCAGGUGACAGAGACGCUCGGCAUGACACAUUGCUGCAUCAACCCCAUCAUCUACGCCUUCAUCGGGGAGAAGUUCAGAAGCUACACCGCAAGGUUCUUCCAAAAGCAUAUCACCAAGAGGCUCUGCAAGCACUGUCCAAUCUUCCAGCAAGAGGCUCUGGAGCAGUCAAGCUCCAUUUACAGCCAAUCCUCGAAGGUGGAAAUAUCCAUAGGCUUGUGACCUGCGCUUGCUUCUUAGGCACAGCCUGGGACAAUUCUUUUUGAGAAAGGAACUUACUGUCUGACAGGUUCUGAGAUUCAUCCAGCUACUUUAAGUGUAUUCGUUAUUUGAAUUCAGCAUUGAUUCUGGAAACCCUGAUCACUGUAGCAUCUCUCUCUUCCAUGUAUAUUAACUUAUUGGCAAAGUCUCUUUUUGCUGCCAAAGUUCAUUAUUUUGUUUAAAAUCCUCAGAGACUUGCUGAUUCAUGAGUUGGAUGAGCAGGAGUAUCAAAAUUAAUCAAGAGGCAUGUUGGCAGUUUCUGACCAACUCUAGACCAUCACCAUCCUGGUGAUUCCUGUGAAAUCAAUGUACGCAUUGCAAAUGUGCUUGUCUUGUGGAAAAAAGAGAUAAUGUGGUCAGUUACACAAUGGCAUCGUGCACAAUGGCAAUGUGCACACAGCUGUGGGUGUCUGGGACCUGGUGAGCUGGUGAGAGCCCGAGGCCUGGCCAGCACUGACAAACUGGAGGAGAGAGAAGCUGAGCUCAGGCUUCAGGAGCUGGGCACAGAAAGACCCACAGAUGAUAGGAACUGGGCCGGGAGGCAGGAACAGGCUGAAUUGUGAGGAGCCUUGGUGGCGUUACUGGUGAAAGUCUGUCACAGAGUAGGAGGUCCUGGCCAGGCUGCAGAAAGCUCAUUUCAGGGCAUGACCUGGGAAGGUGAGCGUUUAGUGCAAGGAAACUAGCAUCAAGCCAUCAGGGCAGAGGCCCUGGGGUGGGAGCAAGGGCUGUCUCCUCACCUUUGGGGUGAGAGUCAGCAGAACCUGGGGCGGACUGGGGUUGAAAGUGAGGAGCAGAGGAGACUCAGAGAGCGCUCCCAAGCUUCAAAUGUGCAGGCUAGAGAUGG